CACCUCAGCAGCACCAACCUUUGUCCCCAAGGGAGCUCCUGUCAGGUGGGUGGGGGCACCAGGCCAUCUCAGAAGGCCAGUGGCUCGCUGAAGGGUGAAGCAGUCCCGCUCUUGCAGCCUCCAGAACCAUGGGGACAGGGCUACGCAGUCAGUCCUUGCGAGGACCACGGCCCUCUUACGGCAAGCUCCAGGAGUCCUGGGGGAGGCCCACGGAAGGCCGACUGCGCCGGGCGCUGAGCCUCAGGCAGGGCCGUGAGAAGUCCCGGUCCUCAGAUGGAUGCCCAGAACGGCUGGAUACCCCCGGUCAGGAGCGGCUGCCCGGGAGCCUGGGGGACACGGAGCAGCUGAUCCAAGCGGAGCAAGAAGGCAGCCAGAGGUGGCUGCGGCAGUAUCAGCAGAAGAUCAGGAGAAGGUGGGAGAGCUUUGUCACCAGCUUCCCCAACGUGACCCUGAGCCGGUCAGCCUCCCCACAGCCCCCGCUGGGCACCACCAGCUAAGGAGGCCAUGAGCGGUGGGGACCUCGCUGCACCUGGAUGAGACGGCACGCCUGCUGCGCCUCUCCGGGGCCCUCUGGACUGUGAAUGGGGUGACCGCCUCUCUGUGGACUGUUCCCGCCUUCCCUAGUGGCGCGCCCAGGUCUCCGCCACCAGGACAGAGCUCGGUGAAGCCAGACCCAUGGCUGAGCGGCUCUGGCACAUCGCCUGGUCACUGGGCCAUGCCCAACCCACCCUUCUCAGCGGCUGCCAGCGGACGGUGAGCCCAUCCCCAGGGCAAGGACCACGUCUGGCCUGUGUCUUGUCGCGUGUUGUCGCUCUCCUCACAGUCUCCCAAUGAAGAACUAAGGCCCAGAGGGGGAAGGGAUUGCUGCCAUUGGCGUCUCAGGCCGCACCCACACCCAAUGCCCAACACUGCGUUGAACACAGGAAUAAAGGUUGCCGAGCUGAA